GCCGUCAAGACCUUCCUCACGAAGCAAGGCCAGGAGAAGGCGGAGGAGAUUGAGAAACUGAAGCAGGAGCUGAUUGAUUUGAAACGGCAAGCACAAGAAGAGAAGAAGCAGCUGGCAGACUAUUAUGCCCAACAAAUAAAAGAACUGGAAGAGAAGUUUCAGAAAAAAGUCAGAGAAAUUGGCCAAAUUCAAUUAGAACUGAAAUUAAUAACGGAGUUCCACAGGGAGAAAGCAGCUAUGGAGAAAGAGCUGGAAGAUUUAAAAGAGAGUAUGGAGAUUUCAAAUGGGAGACAUCAGGAAGUGGUUGUGAGAUUGGAGAGGAGGUUUCUUGAAGAAAAGAAAAGACUGGAAGAUGAUGUUGAGAAAAAGCAAAUAAUGAUGGCAGAGACUGCCCAGCGUGAGGCUGUUUUGCAGCUGAACAGCACUGGGAGAGAGGUGUUUAAGAAUGUUCGUCUUCACGGUGCAUUUGCUUACCAGCUGAAAGAGACAAUGGAAUUGCAGAAUAUCAAACAGAAGUUAGAAGAGGACAAAACUCUUCUGUUACAGGAGAAGGAAACCAAUGAGGGUUUGAUUCGAAAAAAGGUCCUACAGAUCAAUCAUCAGAAAGCACAGAUUGGAGAUCUGCAGCGUAAAGUGGAAAAGCUGGAGAUGGCCUUAUGUCGCAUGACCAGAGAAUCUGUGAGAGAGUCCCAGAAAACACAGCAUCAGGCGCUGACAGAAAACCAGGCAAGCAUGGUGGAGAUCAAGAAACUGCAGCAACUACUAGAAAUGAAGGAUCAGGAGAUGAACCGAGUGAAGAAACUAGCCCGGAAUAUCUUAAAUGAGAGGACUGAGGUGGAAAGGUUCUUCCUAGAUGCUCUGGAACAUGUGAAGCAGGAGAUCAUAUCCAGCAGAAAGCACUAUAAGAAAAAGGCUCAAACUGCCUAUUACAGAAAAAUGAUGGAGGCUUGUGCAGGGAAGGAAGAAUUUCCCAAAAUCAAAACAUUCAAAAGCAACAUAAAUAGCACAAAUGGUGUGUACAGAGACCUAGAGGAAGCAGAGAAAUGCUACUGGAAAAAAAUCCAGUUUGAAAAAGUGGAUAUCAGUGAGUUGACAUAGGAACAAAAAGAACGUGUUCUGCGAUUGCUUUUUGCCAAAAUGAAUGGCACAAAUCCAUGGUAAUAUUCUGUUUAUUCAGUAGGUGAAUGCUGA